CGAUUCACAGAAAGCGCACGAUAGCGCAUUUCCUUUGUUCGGCGGCGCACUUGCCACCUACUCCUCUUUCUAAAACCCUCCCAAAACCCUCUUCUUUGGAAACGCCCCGCCCCUCAACGUUUCAUUUCUACACACACACACACACACACACUCUAUCUCUGUGGUCGAUCAUGUCGAAAUCAUUGAAGUUUGUUAAGGAGAAUGCUUCCAACCCGAAGCUGUGGUUAGUAAUCGGACUCGGUGUUGCCGGGAUCGUAGUUCUGGCCGAGACCCGGAGGAGACGACGAAAGGUGAAGACCGUCAAAGAGGGUUUUGGUGCUUUUAUUCGGCGUUUUGAGCUUCUUCCUUUCCCUCAACCUCCUCCUCCUGCAGCUAAGCAAACGCUUUCUGGACUAACAUUUGCCAUAGCGGACAUAUUUGAUGUGAAGGACUACGUGACGGGGUUUGGUAAUCCGGAUUGGGAGAGGACACAUGAGGUGGCGGGGAAGACUGCCAUGGUAGUGACUGCGCUGUUGAAGAGCGGGGCGACUUGCGUUGGGAAGACUGUUAUGGAUGAAUUGUCUUUUGGAAUAUCGGGUGAGAACAAGCACUAUGGAACUCCAACGAAUCCUCAGAUGCCAUCGUGUAUCCCAGGAGGUUCUUCUAGUGGUUCAGCAGUUGCAGUUGCUGCAGGUCUUGUUGACUUUUCCAUUGGCACUGAUACUACUGGAGGUGUGCGAAUACCAGCAUCCUUUUGUAGUAUUCUUGGAUUUCGUCCAUCUCAUGGGGCUAUAUCCACAGUUGGGGUUCUUCCGCAUGCACAAAGCUUAGACACUGUUGGAUGGUUUGCCCGUGAUCCAUCUGUACUGUGUCAAGUUGGAGAUGUUUUGCUUAAGUUGAACUCAGUGGAGCCCAGAAGAGCAAGGCGUAUUAUAUUUGCUGAUGAUCUCUUUCAAUUGUCUAAAGUUCCUAUGCAGAAGACAGUAUAUGCAAUUAGCAAAGCUGUUGAGAAUCUGUCCGGGUAUCAGUCAUCAAAGCACAUGAAUCUUUGUCAGUAUAUUGCUUCUAAUGUACCCAGUCUAAGGGGGUAUUGUGAACAUCCAACCCACCCACAAAAUGGAGCAUUCUUAUUGAAAGCUCUCUCUUCUGUCAUGUUUUCCUUACAAGGGUACGAGUUCAAAACAAAUCACGAAGAAUGGAUUGAAUCAGUCAAACCCCGGUUAGGUUGUAGUGUGUUUGAUUGUGUUAGUGCAGCCACUGGUGCUGCAUAUGAUAACAUAAAAACCUUGUACAAAGUUAAGAAUGAGAUGCGAGGUGCUUUUCAAAGUUUGUUGAAGGACGAUGGAAUACUAGUUAUUCCCACUGUUGCAGACAGUCCUUUAAAGCUUAAUACAAAGAAACGGUUUUCUUCUGAGUUUUAUGACAGAACUUUUGCAUUAUCAAGCAUUUCUAGUAUGUCUGGAUGUUGUCAGGUUACAGUUCCCUUAGGAUAUUUCAAUGAUUGUCCUGUUUCUUUCUCAUUCAUCUCUUUCCAUGGAGCUGAUAAAUUUCUUCUUGAUACGGUCUUGGAUAUGCAUACAACUCUUAAACAGCAAGUUAGUGAUGUAUCCUCCUGUGCUUUGUCAUUCUCAGAUGCGAAUGGUAACUUAGAAACUUCAGAACUGUUGAAGGAGAAGGGAAAUGCAGCAUUUAAGGGAAGGCAGUGGAAUAAGGCAGUUAAUUACUAUACUGAGGCUAUCAAGCUGAAUGGGAUGAAUGCAACUUACUAUUCCAAUCGAGCAGCUGCUUACUUAAAGUUGGGAUGCUUUCAGGAAGCAGAAGAAGACUGCAAUAAAGCUACAUUACAUGAUAAGAAGAAUGUGAAGGCAUAUCUGAGACGUGGAACUGCUAGAGAAUCACAACUACGUUAUAAAGAGGCUCUAGAAGAUUUCAAGCAUGCGCUGGUUCUUGAACCUCAGAACAAGACCGCUAGUGAUGCUGAGAAAAGAAUCAGAAAAUUGAUGACUUGAAUUUAUUUCUUCACUGUCUAUCUUCGGAAUGGACUUGAAGAGAAAGGAGAUGACGUGCCUAUAUUCACGAGGUGCUGCAAAUUUUGGUCCUUUUAUGUGUAUAUUUUAUUCUUUGGUGAUAUAAUAUUUUGUAUAUUUGCCACUUUUGAUAUAAUUUUACUUGAUGCCCUUGUGGAAAUGAAUUGCCUUGUACAAUAAUUUUAACCCAAAAUUCGUUGACUACAAGAAUUUUGUGGCCAACAGCCUAAGGUUAGAAAGUGAGAGCUAUAUGUAGCAACAUUGGGAAGCAAAAUAGCUUGUCAAUCCCCUCCACACAGAGAGAGAGAGAGGGAGAGACUAGUGGACAAAACGGAAUAGUUACUGUUUAUAUUUCCCCUCU